UGAAAAUGUGCCGUGUCUUUUCCUUCGCCGUCGGUGAUUGAUUUCUCUCUUUCUUCAUUUUCCUUUUGUCUUUUGUUGUGCAUGUUCUCUGUCGGCCGCUCGCUUUGGUUCCUGUCAGAAAUUAGAAGUGCUUGGGUUUCUUGCAAUUUUGUGUAAGAAGGCACCGCAACACUCGUUCUCGAAUCCCUCAACGGAUUUCAGGUAGCACCUCAGCCAGGCCACAAGCCGGAGAGACGAUUUGACCAAGGGGUAAUAAACGCAACCCUCGAAUAUGGCCUCAUACCUCCCCUCAGCCAUCACCCAACCAUUGGUGCGCGGGUCGGACCUUUUCCGCGGGGCUAUCGGUGGAGUAACAUGGAGACCAGCUCUCACUGUCUCCAAGGCCGCAGUUACUUCCAUGCUCUCAAGAAUCGAAAUUGGCCAAUUGAUCAUAACAGACCAGACAACGGGACAGACCACAAGCUAUGGCCAGAAUAUUGCAAAGGAGCACUCGAAGAUGAGUAAUGGCGUCAAUGGCGUCAAUGGCACAAAGAAAUCUGGCGGGGUGAAGAGGGUAGAGUUGGUGGUGAAGAGAGACGCGUUCUGGGUCAGGUUAUUUCUGUUUGCAGACAUGGGCUUUGCGGAAUCGUAUAUGUUGGGCGACUUCGAAUGUUCAGAUUUGACAGGCUUUUUCGAGCUCUUCAUCCUCAAUCGGAACCAAUUAGGUAAUGCGACGACGUUAACCUCGUCCAUUGCGGCAACGAUCACCGGACUUGCGAGAAGCACCAAUACUCUCUCGAAUUCGCUGUUGAAUGUCUCGGCGCACUAUGAUAUUAGCAAUGAGAUGUUUGCGGCGUUUUUGUCGGAUGAUAUGACCUAUUCUUGUCCGAUAUGGCGGCCCCAAUCGAGCCAGAAUGAGGAGGAAGAAACGCUUGAGGCGGCGCAGAUGACGAAAUUGAACAGAUUCAUAGAUGGAGCACACAUUAAACCGACCGAUCAUUUGCUAGAGAUUGGAACAGGUUGGGGAUCGUUUGCGAUAGAAGCGGUACGGAAAACUGGAUGCAGAGUCACAUCUCUGACGUUAUCCAUUGAACAGAAAGCACUUGCUGAGAAGAGGAUUGCGGCUGCUGGGUUCGCAGAUAGGAUUGAGGUACUACUGAUGGACUACCGAGCCCUCCCCACCCCAAAAGUCCUCUAUGACAAGGUCAUUUCGAUCGAGAUGUUGGAAGCAGUUGGAAGAGAAUACUUAGAAACGUAUUUUGGAUGCAUACAUCGACUGUUGAAGAAGGACGGAAUUGCAGUCUUCCAAUGUAUCACGAUGCCAGAAGGGAGAUAUGAAGCGUAUGCAAAAGGCGAAGAUUUCAUUCGAAAGUACAUCUUCCCGGGAGGUCACCUGCCUUCGAUCAGCCAGCUUGUGGAUAAUAUCAGCAAGGGAUCUGAAGGCACGUUGGUGGUUGAAAAGAUUGAGAACAUUGGGGGCCACUAUGUGAAAACAUUGCGGUUAUGGCGAGAGGCGUUCAUGAAGAAUUUUGGCUCGAGAAUUAGACCAGCAUUAAUGAUGGAGCACAGAGAUAUGGGAGAGAAAGAGGUUGAAGUCUUCCAAAGAAAAUGGGAGUACUAUUUCGUAUAUUGCGAGGCCGGCUUCUUAACCAAGACGUUGGGAGAUGCGAUUAUUACAGUUGGCCGCGAGGGUGCGAUGGAGUUGAUGGAGGGCAUCCCCUUGUGAAUUCCCCAUAGAUCGCUUAGAUCUGCUUUGACGGCGUCAGAGUUGGGUAGGAUGCCAUGGUGUUUGGCAUAUUCUAGCGCAGCUAGGUGUCUGAUGUUUGCAAGACGU